AUGUCGACGAAGCGCGAAAAACUUCCCAAGCUUGGAUUCUUUGAGGAGUUCAUGGUCGGUGGCGUUGCCGCCGGCGUUUCCAAGACCGUCGCUGCUCCUAUCGAGCGGGUGAAGCUGCUGGUGCAGAACCAAGGUGAGAUGAUUAAGCAAGGACGUUUGGACAGACCUUAUACUGGUGUGGCUGAUUGCUUUGUGCACACGAUGAAGACGGAGGGUUUGUACUCGCUUUGGCGAGGCAACCUUUCGAAUGUUCUCCGUUACUUUCCGACACAGGCGCUGAACUUUGCGUUUAAGGAUACAUUUAAGCGGAUGUUUAACUUCAAGAAGGAGAAGGAUGGGUACGCGAAGUGGUUUAUGGGUAACAUGGCAUCUGGUGGCCUUGCCGGCGCUGCUUCGCUGUGCUUUGUCUACUCCCUGGACUACGUUCGUACGCGUCUGGCCAACGACACGAAAUCCGUGAAGAAGGGUGGCGAGCGUCAGUUCAAUGGCCUUGUGGAUUGCUACGUGAAGACGUGGAAGAGCGACGGUAUCGUUGGACUUUACCGUGGAUUCAUGGUCUCUUGCGUGGGCAUUGUGGUUUACCGCGGUUUCUACUUUGGCCUGUACGAUACGCUGCAACCCAUGCUCCCUGUGGACACCUUUGUUGUAAACUUCAUUCUUGGGUGGGCGGUGACGAUCGUUGCCGGUCUUCUCUCCUACCCAUUGGACACUGUCCGUCGUCGUAUGAUGAUGACAUCUGGCGCCUCUGUAAAGUACAAGAAUUCAAUGGACUGCAUGAUGCAGGUUAUCAAAACGGAGGGCGCUGCAUCCCUGAUGCGUGGUGCUGGAGCGAACAUUUUGCGAGGUAUUGCCGGUGCUGGCGUGCUCUCCGGUGUGGAUGCGCUGAAGCCCAUAUACGUCCGUUGGCGCAUGGCCGAUAAGUUGAACCAGCAGCAAAAAGCAUAA